AUGUUAUUAUCAUUAAACUGUUUGGAACUAGGACGAACUUCUAAUGAAGUUAUCACUAUGUGUAUUGGCAAAUACUCUGAAAUCAAUGGUGUUCGAGUCAACUCUGAUGUUUUGACCGUUGCAAACUUUAAAAAACUUCUCCUUGAUGAAAAAGAACUUCAAGGGUUGACCAAAAUGGAUAUUUGGAAAGUCGAACUCGACCUUAAGAGCUUUAAAGAUACAAUUUAUUCCGAAGAUGAGAUUAAAAAAAUGGGCACGAUGAUGGAACCUGCGUAUGUACUUAAAGAAUAUUUUAAUGAUGAUAAAAAACCUAAGACAAAUUACAUUCAUAUCUUCAUAGUCCCCACUGAGACAUCUACUGAAGUAAAAGAUAUAUCUGAUGAUAUAGUAAAAGAAUUAGUUAAACCCCCUAGUAAAUUGCCCGAUAAGACUUCUAUUAGGAAUUUCCUUAAUCAAAAACCUGAUGUGAAAAUACCACUUUCUCCUGCUAACUUUUCUCUGAUGCAUACUAAGGGUAAUGGAUGUAUAUCUGAAGAAGAACGAGAUACUUAUUUUGAAAAAAGUACAAAGAAGGAUUGUACCGGGUUAUUUACAAAACUUAUAGGACGUUUAAUUUUUCCUUCUUCAGUUGGAAAGAACGAAGACUCAUUUCAUGGUUUUUGGGACGAUAUUAUUAAAAAUACGAUAUUAACACUUGGAAAAGGUGUUGUUGGUUUGGAAACAAUGGCUUUCGAUCGAAAUACUAACAAAAAAACAUCGACAGGUCGCAAUCGCCCCGACUUGGUUAUACUAGUGAGAAAUAUUUGUCCUUUUCGUGGAGAAGAAAAAGCGGAAAAUUCUACAGCAGAUGUUUCAAAAGAAUUAACUGAUAAAUUCAAAGAAUGGACCUAUGGGGAUGCUCCAUACCUCUUUGCGUAUUAUGCUAUUGGUCAAAUUGUCACUUUUGUUCUUUUGACUGAGUCUGAAUCAAAGAAUAUUUGGUCAAAUAAUAAGAGAACACGUCCGGAAGUUAAAUCUGAAACACUUGGCGAUUUUAAUUUAAGAGAACUUUCGGAAAGGCUUCGCGCCAUGAAUCUCCUUCGGAAUAUUUGUCGUUUAUUGCCUAUUAUAGUAAAUUUAUGCCCCGCAAGAGAUACACCAGAUUUUCUUACAUUGCGUCGAGAAAAUGGAACUAUUGUUGAACUUGGGUAUCAUGUUAAGAAAAUAUUUAAAGAAGAACGAUCGGUUGUCCAUUUAAAAGAAAUUUAUGCAACUUUAUCUCAAAAUAAUGUUAGGUUUACCGAUAAAUUGGAACAUUGCUCUUCGCAUUCUGUUCAUUUGGAACCACGCGGAUUACAACGAAAACCCGAAGAUCUCAAUGAACUAUUGAGAGCAUUAAUUUGUAUUCUAACAUGUCUUAAGGAAAUGCAUAAUAUUAAACCAAAACCAAUAUUGCAUAGAGACGUCCGGUGGCCAAAUAUUGUUCUACAUAAUGAUAAAUUUAUUUUAAUUGAUUUUGAUUACGCAACUUUUGGUUCUGAAAGAAAAGGCGUCGUAAAAAAACCUUUAAAAAACUUUUCUGAAACCGGACAUGCUCCUGAAACACUAACUAGCAGACAUAAUAAGAAAGUUGAUAUAUGGGGGGUUGGUCAUUUAAUUGAUUCAUGUUAUAUCGAAAAUAAGCCUAAACAACUUAAAGAAUUUGCAUCGAAGUGUCAAGACAAAAAACCAAAAAAUAGACCAACUGCUUCGAAUGCACUUAAAGACAUUAUAAAUAUUUUUAUGGAGUAUUUGCCAGAAAGUUCAUGGUUGAAUCAAGUUGGAAUUGCAUAA